AUGUCUACUGCUCCUGCAAGCUUUACGCCUCUGGCAAUAAGUCAGACAACAUUCCUCGGUAUAGUAUGGGGAAGUUCAAUGGUAUCGUUCCUCUUCGUCAUCUUCCGAGGGUACUGCCGCAUCAAAAGAUUUCGUCGCCUCUUCUUGGAUGAUGCCCUCGUCCUGUUGGCGUGGAUACUUCUUUUCAUCACAGCUGUGAUAUGGCAAACGAGGGUCUACAUCAUCUACUAUGUUUGGGACAUAUCCGUUGGCGCUAUAUCUCCGCCUCCGGCCGACCUCUGGGAGAAGAUAGACAAGCAAGUGCACCAAGGCAUCGCCGUGACCAUCUUAACCUUGGUGUCUCUUUGGUGUGUGAAGUUUGCUCUUCUGGCACUGUUCAAGAAAAUGGGCCGGAAGGUUAGAAGACAGCGCGUGCUCUGGUGGAUUGUGUUUCUGUUCACAGUGGCAACUUUGGCCGUUUCCAUUGGUGUCCAAGCCUAUGGGUGUGUCUUUGGGGAUAUCAGGGUGAUCGCUGUCAAAUGUGCUCAGCCUGAGACAGGAGAGUACAUACGGGCGAUUCUACGCGUCCAAGCCGCUGUCGAUGUCGCCUCGGACGCUCUCAUCACCAUAAUACCUAUCACACUACUCUGGACCGUCCGCAUUAGUCUCCGAACGAAGCUCGAAAUAGCGGCUGUUUUCUGCUUGACUCUCUUCACCAUGAUCUGCGCAGUUAUCAAAGUAAUUUUCACUCUCGAAAGCCCCAGGGAGGAUGAUUCCUGGCUCUUCUCAUGGUCUGCGAUCGAGGGCGCAGUCGCGAUCAUUAUCUCAUGCCUUGUCGCAUAUCGCGCAUCCCUCCACAAAGAACCGGAGAGGAAGAGGUACCAGGGGGGCGCAAGCGCAUAUCCUCUACGCAACGUUCCCAAUCAUCAGUCCUCGGCGAAUUUCAGUGGUGACCUGACUGCUCCGAGGGGAGGCCAGUCGAGCACAUCAACUAUCGCGGAUGAAGAUACGUUGACCCAGCCAGAUGCGAUCUGGGUACAACAAGUUUACACUGUGGAUGGAACGCGUUUGUGA